GGCAUAAUUGCAUUGUCAAAGUCCAGACGAAUAGUGCACCUGUGGGCUUUCAAGGGAUGCGCAAGAUUGUGGCCGUAAAAUAUAUGCCAAUUCAAGUGCUACCGCCUGCCAUUGAACACGCCUGUGUAUGCUCGCACCCGUAACAUGCAGAAGAGCUCGGUCUGUCUCUCAGAUACCCGCAUGUGUGGCUUGCAGCGAGCGCCCAGGUACAUUCAGACCACCUUCCAAGCCACGCGCCAUGAGAAUGAGAUGGAAACAAUAGCUACCUCUUGCAUCCAGCCAAUAUUUCUGGCGGCGCCACAAACAAAUUCCAGACGGGUAUUAUGGAUAUGCGAAUAUUGUUGGUAAACCGGACCUGCUAGAAAGAGA